AUGGAGCAUCUAUCAUGGGUCCGGCCAGCAGCUCGCGCGUCCUCGGAGCGCGUCUCCAGGAGCAGCAGCGUGGGAAGCAGGAUGGGGUUGUUUGGCAGCAAAAAUCAGCUGAUGUCCAAUGAGAAACACACUGCUGGAGGCAACCCAAAAACCAAGGGCAAACCUCCUCCUGCCCCACCCAAGGGGAGACAAGUUAUCAACAGCCCUCAUCUAAACCAAGCCUCUGCACAAGAUCACUUGUUUGUGGUUGCACUGUACGAUUUCCCUGCCUCAAGUGACCGUGACCUGGAGCUGGUCAAAGGGGAGAAACUCCAGGUCCUCUCCAAAGAGGGGGACUGGUGGCUGGCAAAGUCCCUCAGCACUGGGAGGAAAGGAUACAUCCCCAGCAACUUCGUGGCACAAGUGGACAGUUUGGAAGAGGAAAAGUGGUAUUUUAGAACUCUGAGCAGAAAAGAUGCUGAACGGCUGCUGUUGUCUUCUGGGAACAAAGUUGGCUCUUUCCUCGUCAGAGAGAGUGAAACCACCAAAGAUGCCUAUUCCCUGUCUGUGAGGGACAACAACUCUGCCCACGGGGACAUCAUCAAACACUACAGGAUCCGCUCCCUGGAUGGAGGGGGGUACUACAUCUCCCCCAGGAUGACCUUCUCCAGCCUGCCCGAGCUCAUUCAUCAUUACAGCCAGAAAGGGGAUGGGCUGUGCCAGCGCCUCACAGCUCCCUGCACAUCCCUGGUUCCCCAGAGACCCUGGGCCCAGGACGAGUGGGAGAUCCCUCGGGAGGCCCUGAAGCUGGUCAAGAAGCUGGGCAGUGGGCAGUUUGGGGAAGUGUGGAUGGGCUACUACAAGAACAACAUCAAGGUGGCUGUGAAGACCAUGAAGGAGGGCAGCAUGGACCCUGAUGCCUUCCUGGCAGAGGCAAACCUGAUGAAGAAGCUGCAGCACAACAAGCUGGUCCGGCUCUACGCCGUGGUCACCAAGCAGCCCAUCUACAUCGUGACAGAGUACAUGGCCAAUGGGUGUUUGCUGGAUUUCCUGAAGACAGAAGAAGGAAGCCAGCUGAAUCUCCCCAAACUCAUUGAUAUCUCUGCUCAGGUGGCAGAGGGCAUGGCCUACAUUGAGCGCAUGAACUUCAUCCACCGGGACCUGAGGGCCGCCAACAUCCUCGUAUCGGAGACGCUCUGCUGCAAAAUCGCCGAUUUUGGCCUGGCCAGGCUCAUCGAGAACGAGUACCUGGCACAGGAAGGUGCCAAAUUUCCCAUCAAAUGGACGGCUCCAGAGGCCAUUAACUAUGGGGUUUUCACCAUCAAAUCUGACGUGUGGUCAUUCGGGAUCCUCCUGACAGAGAUCAUCACCUUCGGCAGGAUCCCCUAUCCAGGAAUGACCAACCCCGAGGUGAUCCGCAACCUGGAGCGGGGUUACCGCAUGCCCUGCCCGGAGUCGUGUCCCGGGGAGCUCUACAGCAUCAUCCUCAAGUGCUGGCGCAGCAACCCCGAGGAGCGCCCCACCUUCGAGUACCUGCAGUCGGUGCUCGAGGAUUUCUACACCUCCACGGAGAAGCAGUACGAGCCCGAGCCUCAGCAGUGA